GGCCGGGGGAGGAGUCUGGCUCCCCCGCGGGUCGGUCGCUGGGAGCCGGGGCUCCAGCCCCAUGUGAGAGCGAGGGAGCUAGCCGGAGACAGGGACCGCCGGGGAGCAGAAACCCCCUGGCAGAAGUAGAACUCCCGCGCUGGAAGGAGGGAGCGAGAAAUUCCCCGAGGGAGGAGUGCCGGGCAAGAGAUCUCUGUAUAACCUCCGGGCGAGCGAGUGAGAGGUGCCGAGGGAGAACUGGGCGCCGGAAACGGGGAGCAAGAAAAGCCCCCGGGGAGAAGUCUCAGCUGGAAGGCGAAUAUUCCCGGGCUGGCGAGCCCCGUGUAAACCGGAGCAAGGGAAGGAAGCAGGCGGCGAGAAGGAGGAAGCCGAACGGGAUCAAACCGGUCUCGGGUUUCCAGGCUGCGCUCUCUCCCCUCCUCCGCCGGGUAUAGGACGGAAAAGGGGAACGAGUAAACAAGGCGGGACAAGUGCUGAGAUUUCGUGAGCAAGGGGCCGGAGCGGCCGGUUCCAGAGAGCUCGGACUGAACCGCACCAGAACCAGUUCCCAAUCCGGGUCUGGAAGGAGCCUAGUACCAGCUGCCGUCAGAACCAGAGUGCCAGGGACAGAACUGGACCAGUUCUAGGGGACACAAGCCCAGAACUGGUGUGAGAGGGAACUGGACCUGCAUGUCUGGCACCAGAAUCAGAGGCCCAAAACCAGCCUGGUUCUAAGGGUACCAGAUACAGAGUGUGAAACAGAACAACAGUCCCAGUCCAGAACCAACUGGGUUCUAGGAGGUUCAGACCGAGACAAAACUAACCCAGUCCCAGGGAAUCCAGAACCAUCUGGGUUCUAGAGGAUCUGAACCCAGAACUGGCCCAGUUCCAGGGACACCAGAACCAGCUGGGUUCUAGGAGAUCUGAGUCCAGAACAACAGAGACAGAACCACCCUGGUUCUAGAGGAUCGAAGCCUAGAACCAAGAAGACAGAACCAGCUGGGUUCUAGGGAGCCAGAGACCAGAACCAGAACAGGAGGGAGAUACACAGAACCGCACCGUUCUAAAAGAUCUGAGUCCAGAACCAGCAGGACAAGACCGUUCUGGCUUUAGAAGAUCUGAGUCUAGAAUCAGCCCAGUUCCCAGGCAUACGUGUCCAGUACAAGUGACUCCGAAGCGGCCCAGUUCUAGGACCCAGCUGGCUCUGGAUCCACUCCGGAUCGGUGCCCAGUGUUCUCCAGCACCGUUUGGUCCAGUUCUCUACCAUGGAGGAGGGUGCACGGCGCCGGGGUGGUUCCGAGAAGGCCACGGAUGGCCCAGAUCAGCCGGCAGAGGGUGGCGUGGGCCUCAAGAAAGAGAUUGGGCUAGUGAGCGCCUGCGGCAUCAUCGUAGGUAACAUCAUCGGGUCGGGGAUCUUCGUGUCGCCGAAGGGCGUGCUGGAGAACGCGGGCUCCGUGGGGCUGGCGCUGCUCGUGUGGAUCAUCACGGGGCUGAUCACGGCCGUGGGGGCGCUGUGCUACGCGGAGCUGGGCGUCACCAUCCCCAAGUCUGGCGGCGACUACUCCUACGUCAAGGACAUCUUCGGGGGGCUGGCUGGGUUCCUGCGGUUGUGGAUCGCGGUGCUGGUGAUCUACCCCACCAACCAGGCCGUCAUCGCCCUCACGUUCGCCAACUACGUGCUGCACCCGCUCUUCCCCACCUGCCUGGCGCCUGAGGGCGGGCUCCGCCUCCUGGCGGGCGUGUGUCUGCGUGAGUACCCUGCUACUCCCAGUGCUGCCACCACUACUCUAGCUG